UCCAGCGCUCACACGCGAGGCGGCAGAAAACCAACAGCGGCGGCGCCUUUGAAUCUCUCUCCCCGGUCAGACUCUCGUGUAAACUGACAAAGAGUAGACCACAGAUCCUGAGAGUCUGAAGGGUUUGUGUGAGCGUGAUGCACGUAGUUGGAGUCGCCAAACAAAAAAGCUGCAGCCAAACUUUUCAGCUCGAGGCGCAACACAACUUCCCUCAACUGUUUUUUCCUGAGUGGAUGUAAGAAGAUUGUCGGCUUCUGUGCGGCUGACUUGGGACUAACAACACAGAAUGCACAGGCGCUGUUUUGAUCAGAUGUCCACGACCUCUAGAUCAGCAGCUCCCCGUGACGCACCGAUGACUUUUCCCUUUUGUCUUGGACAACUUUGUCGUUACGCGCAGGUGCGUCUGCGCUCUUGAGGCGCACUAACAUGCUUCUAAGAUAACAGCUUUUAAGAGAACUGCUUUAUCUGACGCGUGCUCCAGCUUUCUUUCCGCUCUCUCAUUCUAUCAAAUAAGACACUACACUGACAAUUAUGGCGCUUUGGUAUCAGAGUUGAGAUCCAUUCCGGCUUUAACGCAGAAAGCAUGUUGGGAAGCCCGUCCAAUAACGGCGGUGUGAGGAUGCUCGCUCCCCCCGCGGCCGACGACGACAGGCGCGUGGAGUUCGUGGCGCUGGCGGCUGUAAACACCGAACCUCCAAGUCCUGAGCGUGCGCAGCCUUCACAGCGCACCGGCCUGUUGGGGACUCCGUUCCCCGCUCCCCCCGGACCCCGAGCCACCACGUCCGCCUCCAGCAAGCGCUAUCGCAAGAUCCAGAACUUCCUCUACAACGUGCUGGAGAGGCCGAGAGGAUGCGCCUUCAUCUACCACGCGUUCAUUUUCCUGCUGGUGUUCAGCUGUCUGGUGCUCUCUGUCUUCUCCACCAUUCCCACCCAUCAGGAAACUGCCAACCAGGGCCUCUUCAUCUUGGAGUUUGUGAUGAUCGUGGUGUUUGGAUUAGAGUAUAUUGUGAGGGUUUGGGCAGCUGGCUGCUGCUGUCGCUACAGAGGAUGGCAGGGUCGUCUCCGUUUUGCCAGGAAACCCUUCUGCGUUAUAGACUUUAUCGUGUUUGUGGCAUCUCUGGCUGUGAUAGCGGCUGGAACGCAGGGGAACAUCUUUGCCACAUCGGCUCUACGCAGUAUGCGCUUCCUGCAGAUUCUGCGAAUGGUGCGCAUGGACCGCAGAGGAGGCACCUGGAAACUACUGGGAUCUGUAGUCUAUGCACACAGCAAGGAGCUUGUCACAGCGUGGUACAUUGGCUUCCUGGUGCUGAUAUUUGCCUCAUUUCUGGUCUAUUUGGCUGAAAAGGACAUCAACACAGAGUUCUCUACCUAUGCAGACUCCCUCUGGUGGGGAACUAUUACCCUCACCACAAUUGGUUAUGGUGACAAGACUCCACACACGUGGCUCGGUCGGCUUCUAGCAGCUGGCUUUGCCCUGUUGGGGGUCUCUUUUUUUGCCCUGCCUGCAGGAAUUCUCGGUUCAGGUUUUGCACUGAAGGUACAGGAGCAGCACAGACAGAAACACUUUGAGAAGAGGAGAACUCCAGCAGCCACUUUGAUACAGGCAGCGUGGCGUCUCUAUUCUACAGAUGCUCGUCAUUCAUAUCUCACAGCCACCUGGUACUUCUAUGACAGUAUGCUCCCGUCCUUCAGAGAAUUGACGUUACUGUUCAGUCACCUUCAACGGCAACGUAACACCAAGAAGUUUCUUCACAACUACCACACGCUGCUGUCAGGGCUUCGGCCCUACAGUUCCCUCUAUGUGUCGGGGGACAGGAAUUCUGGAGUUACAAGUGGGAAGAUUGGCUUUCGUGACCGCAUUAAGAUGAACAGUUCCCGCUCCACUCAGGCACUCCGGAGCAAGGUUUCUUCCCCUGUACCACCAGGGAGUGUGAGGCAGUCCCCAAGCAACGAGAACGUACCAGAAGCCACCAGUCCUACUAAGGUGCAGAAGAGCUGGAGUUUUAACGAUCGAACCCGCUUCCGCACUUCCUUGCGGCUGAAAGCGCGCCCUGCUACAGAUGUAGAAGGAGUAGGGGAAGAAAACACAGAGGACAAGUCAUACUGUGAUGUUGCUGUAGAGGAUGUCAUCCCAGCAGUGAAGACUCUGAUUCGAGCUGUUAGGAUCCUGAAGUUUUUGGUCGCCAAGCGCAAGUUUAAAGAAACACUACGACCGUAUGACGUGAAGGAUGUGAUUGAGCAGUAUUCAGCUGGACACAUAGACAUGCUGGGCAGAAUUAAGAGCCUGCAGAUGAGGGUAGAUCAGAUUAUAGGCCGUGGUGCUGUUCCGUCUGAUAAAAGGGGAAGGACAGAAAAAGGUGAAAAGAUUCCUCCGGAACUGGAUCCACUGGACGAGCUGAGCAUGAUGGGACGUGUAGUUAAGGUGGAGAAACAGGUGCAGUCCAUUGAGAACAAGCUGGACCUGCUGCUGAACUAUUAUUCUCAGUGCCUAAAAAAGGGCUCGUCCCAUUUCACACUGUCCUCCUUACUGGAGCCUGACCUCACCUCUGACUACCACAGUCCCACUGACCAGCGAGAGCUCUUCCCCUCUGCUAACACGCUCAACAUCUCCCAUUCAGACAGCGGCAACAUGGAGUAAGACCUCAAGGACGAUGAGCUGGGACUGCAGCCACGGGACAUGCAGCCAGGAGCUUUUCUUUUCAGCCUUUCAAAUGCCAUUAUCACAUUCUGACAUGGCGUCGGCUACCUCUACAAUGAUGUAUGACUUUAAAAUGUUUUAUGACUCGAGUCUGCACCUUGUUACGACCCCAUUAUGAUGUUUAUGUCCAUCAAUAUUUGAAUGUUAUGAAUGUACAAUUUGUUCGUUUGCCUAUUAUCAGCACUAGAAAUUUGUUUCUUUUUAUUUCUGAAUCCAUUAUUUGUCACAUAAUAUACACCUCAUAUUUAAUAUUCAUGUCUUUUGUUGUUCUAAAUCACUUAAAGACCUCUCCCUUUGUGCUCAUCUGCAUUUUCUGAAAUUAUUAUUUUCAUUGUAUGUGGUGUUAAAAGACGUCUGUGUGUAAACACUGACAUUUCAUGUGAAGAAAAAUAAGUGUAUAAGAUAUUAAGAGCUAAAGAGGUUUUUCUUUAGUUCUUGUGUCCCAGUAACAUUUCAGUCUUCUGAAGGAGAGGGGAUGGAGCACUGUAAACCACUAAUGACCACUAAAAACUGUUUCAUUUCAUGUCACCUCUUCCAUCUCCUAAAACCCCACAAAUGUCUUUGUAUUACAUUUUAUGCACAUUUCAUUUGUCCUUUAUUUCUCAAUGCUGUGAUAAUAAUUCUUAACAUGGAAUAGUUCUUUUUUGCUGUUUUAUUUUGUUAAAAUCUGUACACUUCAAUAAGAAUUCUAUUUUUCUGAGAUUACGGCUUUAAUCUUCAAAUGAAUUUGAAUGGAGUUUGAAUUUUAGAUUUUGUUCUCUGGUUCAUUUUUAAGUUUUGAGCGAAUGCACCAUCUUUUGUGCCACAGGGUGGCGUUGAGCGUCUAUUGAAUGUAUGACAUACCCUUAACCUCAUGAUUGGGACAGUUCAGCUUUACAGUCAAAAGCUGGACUAAGGACUAAAUUCUCUUUUUUAAACUCUUGAUCUCUUUUGUUGCAUGACCCAAACACACAUGCCCAUGAAGGGACAAAUGAAGCAGGUCCGGUGUGGUCCGCUCACAGUACUUUUACACACCAUGGAAACAUCUUAACUGCUUGUAGUACUUUCUUUGCUGCACAGAUUAGAGUAAAGCUUUCUUUUUCUCCCUGAUGUCUCUUAAGAGCCCACUGUGCAAAACAACAAAGAAAUAAAUAAUUAAUCAAUAAAGGAUAUAUAGAUAGCAAUUGAAAUGGAUAUUCCUCCAUGAAUAGUAAUGCAUGUCUGGUGGCCUUUUUAGGAGGACUAGUAGCAUAAGUAGCAUACCUUUCUUUUUAUAAUUUAGACAUAGAUGAGGAUUUAUAUGCCCUGUUCUUAUCUUCAGAUCCUCUUUCCUUUGUGCCUUGCCACCUGUUUUCAUCCUGCAUGUAAUUCAGACCAAAUGAAAUGGUGCAGCCCUACUGGAAUAUAAUGAGAAUAUAUGGUUCUGCUGUAUGGGCUUUUCUACAUCUGUUAAUUUUAUUGUUUGUGUUUCUAAACCUCUCUAACUACCCCUACUUUAAGAGGCAUGUAAUGACACAAGUCAUUAGAGGAUAAAAUAGGAAUUUUCACAUAUUAUUUUUGUGAUACACCCACUGGGAAUUGUCAUGGUUUCCCAAAUUUGCCCCAUAUAGACUUUAAAGCAUUUUUGAGCAGAAGCAAAAUUAAGUGACUGAUCUAAGACUUUAGUCUUUGUGCAUGAGCUCCAUAUCAGUAUCUAUGCAUGUAAUGUAGGGAGCAGGGAUACAGCUUUAAUAAAAAUGCUGCAGACAGUUUGGUCAAACAAGAGCAUGAGAGGAGAAGUAGAGGAAACAGCACUUCUAUGCCUUAUCUUCAGAAUUAGAGCACACAGAUGUGUUUACGAUAUAAAGGUACUGUAGACCUAAGCUUUCUUUUGGCCUACUGAUCAUGGCAUUAAUGAAUUAUUUGAAAUGGAUUGAACUGGAGUACACACAAUCCAAAAGGAUUUUUCUACAUUAUUUGCACCUACACAUGAUCGGAUAUUGUAUGCUUUUAGCAAAAAAAAAAUGUUAUCUUUCUCUUACAAUG